GCCUUUGCGAUUGCUGCAGCUCUCUCAUUUAUUGAAGAUUCUUUUACUAACAUAUCUUCAGCGUAGGCGUAUUCCCCGACUUCAACAUUUUUUCAAAUCCAUCCCUCCGCAACGAUACCACCAAAAGCUCGCCACUCCGUUAGCAUCACCAUCAUGGCACCAUCCGAAGCAGGUUCCGGGAAGGAAGGAAAGGCGCGUCGAAGCGCCUCCAAAGAAUCGUCUGGCAGUGCUGCCUCUUCCGGAGCAGCGUCGAAGAGUGGUGGACAGAAGCCUACAAAAAGAAAGUCAUCGAAGAAACAGUCGAAGGAAAAAACCGGUGAAAAUGUUGGAGGCAAUGGCGAAGGUGGGAACGAUAGGAAACGAGGAGAAGAAGAGGAGCAACAAGAAGGGUCACCUUCAGAUUUACGUUGCAGUUGACAAGAAAGUAGUUGUUCCGUACCAGAUGAAUUUUUGGCAGAGUAAGAAUAGAACAAGUGCUUCUACAUUUGAGUUGUAGUAACGUUCCUAGUGAACGUGAAGUUGAUGAAUCAAUAAGAUCAUUGAGUCGUUGUUCUGUUUUCUGAAUACGAUUCUUCAAAUAAAAGAGUUGUACUAAUCCAACCCCAUUUCCAUCGUUGCUCUCUCCUCCUCUAACCCUCGCCGGUUCUCACGCUAUCGUCGCAGAAGCUGAAGCGGGAGGAGCGAAUCAGAAGAGCCUUAUAUCCGAUUCAGAUGACGAGAUGGGCGAAUCUACAGAGGAGGAACUGGCUGAAGCGGAGAGGCAAGAAAGACAAAGGGAAAUCGCAGUUCAACAAAGACUGGAGGAAUUGAUUCAGAAUAUACCGAGAUGGGAAGGCGUGGAAGACGGUGUCAUGCCUCGGGAAGAUAGGACAAAGGAUUGCAUGGAAGGGAGGGUACUUGAUGUCUUUGUCUCGAUAAUCAAGAAAUCUACUAUCUAUAUCUCAAAAGUAGUUUACUCUCCGUACAAACAUUAUUCAAACGAGCAAGAACAAGAUGUAGAUGAACUACUACAAAAAAACAAAAGCAGUUCUUGACAUCAAAGCCAACAUCAAUCGCGCGACUACAGGUACGUGACGUCUUAGGGAGACUUGGCGCAAUCGGCGAUCAUAUUUCCACUUUCCAGGAGGACACGUGGGCUGAGCUUGAGAAAGUGCGAGAAUCUAAAAAUUAUGGAUUAUGCAUGGCCAUGAAAGUGAUUUUCUCUAGAUCUUCGGUCUUGUUGCUUUGAAUUUGAUCCAUGAUGUCCACUAGCUACGAAAAACCUGAUGAAGAUUGCACGCAACAGGCAUGCAGCAGAUUAUUUUUAUUUACGCGGUCAAUGAUAAAGCAACUCAUAGAUACUCAUGUUCAUGAUGGUGUUCUACUUUCUCUUAUCCUUAUAAGUUGUGUCUAAUUUGCGGGUGUGAAAACUUGGUUUCGUAACACUGCUGAAGCGGGGAUCCAGACAGCGAUCGGUGAGGCCUUAGACGCAAUCAAAGGGCUGUCAGCUCUCCGUGGUCAGUUGAUGCAGAAAAUCGACAAGCAACUUUCCCAGAACAAAAGCUGCAUCGUAGAGGCUCGAUCUAUCCGUGGUGCUGCGCAGAAGCUACUGGACCAGAUAGAGGAUACGAGGAAGUACACAGGCUCCAUUGGUCCCGAAGUGGAUUUACUGGUGCAAGAUUGGCAAGACAACGUGGUAAACGGCAAGAAACACAUGAUGAAACAAGGCGGCCGCUUCGUGAAGCAAGCAGAGAAAGCAGUCGAUAGACUGGGACUGAUUAGGACGCAUGUACUGCUUAAAAAUACUUUACUCCCUAAUUGUGAAUUGUUGUAUGCUAGUUGUUUACUACAGCCUACUCGGGCACGAUGGAGAAGACUUCUCGGCCCAGUCGAACGCGUUCCACUUUUUCGCGAUCUUUGUGAUUCUACUCCCACCGUGAAGGGUUACCUUCUCAAAGCCGCCUGCCGCUUUUGGUAAUUUCGUAGUGGGUGCCCACGUCGAUCCCUACAGCGUCAACCUUGUGCUUAGCUCUCUGGAUCUUCAUGCGUAACAUACGCCCCCCGUUCUCACACAGCACACAACUUCUUGAUAGUAUCGGCAUCCCUCCUUCACACUCACAACGUGCACGCCACACUUUCCCCCCUCAGGAAACUCGCGCGAUAGAUGACGACAUUUAUAGUGCGAUGAUUUUGAAGGCGCCUAAGACGGCGAGGAAAAAUAUCUUCGAACUGAUGGACCGUCGGGAACCACAGGAGGCUCUUGCUCGUGCUGCUCUUGGUCUCCCUCCUCGCGAAGAUGCUCCUAAAGAAGAGAAGAAAGACGAGCCAUCUAGUCCUGACAAGAACUUGCCGUCUAGUCCGGGAUCAAACAGAGACUCAACUGACAAGAAGGACGCUCCAGUAGCAGCAGACAAUGCCCCACCAGCCGAUAUCGACCAAAUAGCAAGUGUUGUCGACAAUAACGCGAGUAAAGAACUUGAAGAACAGCCAGGAGAUUCAAACAGCACUCGCACUCCAGCAGCAGCUCCUAAGGAAGACGAGGCAAAGGGAAAAGAGGGGGAUGCUACAGCAGGAUAAUGUGACGGGCUUUCUGUCAUUGUCCUCGUGUAGAUACUGGUCUACAGAAAGAACAACAAAACUAAAACACUUCUUCAUUUAGCAAUACGACAUGCAGAGCUCAGGAACUUUUCUGUGUAUCAAUUUUCCGUGCGCUUUAUUCUCCUGGAAGCGAUUCCGGAC